ACCUGCAUCUCCUGCAUUGCAGGCAGAUUCUUUACCGCUGAACCACUGGGGAAGCCCCCUCUCCAGGGCAGGGGACAUAUUUGAGAACACAUUGCUGUCCUAAGAAGUGAGCAGCUUUUCCCAUGUCUUUGCAUCCAUGGUUUUUGCCUGGAAUGCUCUCCCUCUGCUCUUUUGCUUUCCUGGCAAACGUCCCCAUCCUUGAGACCCACGUAGACACACCCUCUCCCAUGUGUUUCUUCAUUGACCAUACGUCGAGCAGCUAGGGUGAACUAGGCACUUGAGCACCUACUGUGUGUCGGGUGCAAGGCUCUGGGGUUGCAGCAGGCUCUCAACCCUGUGUUCAAGGGUAGCAGCGGUGGGGAGGGGUAUGUUUAGAGCCAAGAUACAGAGGCGCAGGGUAGGGGGAGUGCAAAGGGCCAUGGGGCGUGUAUCACAGGAGAAGGUCAGAGAGUGACCUUCAGUGAGACCUGAAGGAAGAGCCCUAGCAGGCUCUGCUGUUGAGUCCGGGUGUAGGGUUGUCCACGAAGUUGCUCAACCAAGAACCGGACCCAAGCCCUGAUCUUGGAAGGCUCACAGCCACCUAGCGGCUCAGGCAGAUAAGUCACUGGGCCAUUCUAGGGUAGUGGGAUCAGUGCUUUGGUUGCGGUGGAGGGGGAGCCCAGGACACUGCAAGAGCUCAGGGGAGAGGCUGCAAAUACAGCCUGGGAUGGGGGUGGCCAUCAGGAAGUUUUCCUCUAGGCGGUGACACCUCACCUAACUCUUGAUGGUUGAUGGGUAUCUAACAAGGUUCCCACUGGGUGAUGGCCCCCACGUGGAAGGGCCCCCACAGGCAUGGUGGCACGAGAGCGGUUUGUUUUGGGAACCUGAGAGUAGUGUAGUGAGGCUGGAGGGAGGGCUGCUGUGGGCAUGUACCUGUCCAGAUGCAUGUGGCCAGCAAGGCCUCCUUAGCAAAGGCCUCUGGGCCACCCUGGAGAGUUUGAACUGUGCUCCCAAAGUUAUGGCAACCCAAUAAGGAUUUUAAACAGGAGAGUGAGUGAGAAGGUGGGCAGGCUUUCCUUUGUCUGACUUUGGCUCCCAAAGUCCCCAGGUAAGAAAGGGGGAUCCCUUCCUGACUGUACUCCUGGCUGGGGACUCGAGGCUUGCUGUGGGACGUUGAGCACGCUCCUGGCCCUCUCUGAGCCCAGGUCUCCUGGGUAAACCUGCAGGGCCUGAGGCCAGAAUCCUAAUGGGGCCAUAGGCGGGGGCUGGGGCGUCCUGCUUGGCCAAAACUGGCUGAACUGUUAGUGUUAUUAAAAAUAUUCCUUAAAAAGUCAUGUAGCCACACUGCAGAAAAGUCAAGAAUAGAGAAAUGAAGUAAACCAAAACCUACCCCAUUUCUGUCCCCACCCCAAGCCCGAAACACACCAGUGCUAGUAUUUUGGUAUUUCCUUCCUAUCUUUUCUUCCAGCACCUGGUUUUUAUAUAGAUGUCAUUGCUCUAUCUAUACAAAUAAUUUAAAAUUCUCCCCCCCCCCCCAAUUAUUGUUGUAUCAUGAGUGUUUUCUAAAUGACUGCAGGGUGGUUUUAAUCCUUUAAUGGAUCUAGUGUCAGGAUGGAGAGCAUGGGCUUCGGAGCCUGACUUUCUGAGUUCAAAUCACACACACACUGCAUGACUUUGGGCAAGUUACCUAAUUUCUCUGUGCCUCAGAUCUUUGUGAGGUAGAUAUGAAUGUUAAAUGAGUCAUUACAAUGCCAGUAAACAUUGGUUGUUAGCAACUACUAUAGACUCUGUCACUGUGUAACAUGAUUUACAGAGCCAUCCCCCUAUUGUUUAAAAUUUUGGCUGUUUCAGGUUUUUGCUACUGUUAAAAAAAAAAAAAAAACCACUGAAGCAAACAGCUUUGCACAUAAAACUUUGUCUAUCUUUGAGGUAUUUUCUAGGGACAGAUGACCAAGAAUAGGACUGCUAGACCAGGAAGUUUGAACAUUUUUAUAGAGUUCAUGACACAUUAUUGCCAGAUUGUUUUCAGCAAUGACUUCCAAUUUCACCAUACCCUCACUAGCAUUGAGUAUUACCAUUUUCUUAUUGCUUUUUGCUAUUUUAACUUGUGAAGCUCAUUUAAUUUUUGCUGCUAGGGAAGCAGAACCGUUUUCUGUGUUUAUUAGCUGUUAGUAACUUUUUUGGUCUGCUAGUUCCAGCAUACAAUCUCUUCUCAGAUCAAUUAGGAAGAUACAGGAAAUAGGGAAGAGUAUAACACAGGGGACAACAUAGUGUCAGAGUGGUGGCGGGGACUCAGAGGAGGGGGAGGGGACUUUCCUUUAUCUAGGCCAUGACACUUUCAGUUCCCUCUACUUAGACUAUUCAUUCAUUCAAACAUUUAUCAGGUACUUUUUGGCUUAAAGGUAAAUGACUCAGCCUCGAUUGUGCCCUGACAGAGAGCAUGUCCAACAGCAGAGAUGGAUGAGAAAACAGACAGAAAAUGGAAUGACAAGUGUCUGAUGAUGGAAAUGCAGGGCACAGAGGGAACAGAGAAGAGGGGCGCCCAACAUAGCCUCGCAGUCCCAGAAGGCUUCCAGGAGGAAGUGGCCUUUAAACUGGGGCCUGAGGAAUAAGUUGUAGUUAACCAGUGAAAUGGGGGAGGGCAGAGAGUUCCAGGGAGAGGUGAGGAAGUGAGAAGGGAAGUGGAGCGCUGGGGAAGCCCUCGGUCUGGCUGGGCAGAGCGGAAGGUGGAAACAGCCAGUGAGGCCAAAGAGGUCAGCAGAGGCCGGUCACGGAAGGCCUCAGGAAUCCAGACCUGGUCUGGAAGGAAUGAGAGAGCCACCGAAGAUUCUCACGAGGGGAAUGUUGUGAUCUGAUUUGUGUUUUAGAAAUAGCAGAGGGACUGCAAUAGGAGAACAGAAUGGGAGGCGUGGGUAGAGGUGAGGGUCCCUCGGAGGAGGAUCUUGGAAUAGCUGAGGCCAGAAGGGGGCUGGGACCAGGGCAAGGAAGGUGGUAGAAAUACUCCCGGUGGAUCCUGGCCAACACCUGCCAGGACCCACUCGGUCCUGUGUGCCUGGAGGAUGGGGCCUAUGCGGGAUUUGGCAUGUGACGAUCAGCUGAGCGCCCACCAUCACCGACCCUGAUCCUGCCUGCUUCCGGCUGCCUCCAGACCCUUGUCUGUUGCUCCACCCCUCCCCCCGGCUACCAACCACUUUCUUUCUCUCCUUUUUUAAAGAAUAAAUUUAUUGUUUUCAUUAUAAAAGCAACAACAUUGCAGAGUAUUUGGAAAUCAGAGAAACAAAGACAAAAAACCAGGUGCUGUUGGGAACACAGAGGAGUGGCUGACUGGGGGUUCAGGGAAGGCUCCGUAGAAGAGGGAACACUUGAGCUGGGUCUUGAAGGAUGAGUAGAAGUUCACCAAGUGGGAAAGGAUCCUCUAGGAUGGCCGAGCCUCGAUUUAACAACCCCUACUUCUGGCCCCCUCCUCCCACCAUGCCCAGCCAGCUGGACAACCUGGUCCUGAUUAACAAGAUCAAGGAGCAGCUGAUGGCGGAGAAGAUCCGGCCGCCUCACCUGCCGCCCACGUCGGCCUCGUCGCAGCAGCCGCUGCUCGUGCCACCGGCGCCGGCCGAGAGCAGCCAAGCGGUCAUGUCGCUGCCCAAGCUGCAGCAGGUGCCGGGCCUGCACCCGCAGGCUGUGCCGCAGCCCGACGUGGCGCUGCACGCGCGGCCGGCCACCAGCACGGUCACAGGUCUGGGAAUCUCCUCCCGGACCCCGGCUGUGAGCACGUCAGAGUCGAGCGCCGGCACGGGUACCAGCAGCCCGUCCACGCCCACCACCACCAGCCAGAGCCGCCUCAUCGCCUCGUCCCCCACCCUCAUCUCAGGGAUCACCAGCCCCCCCCUCCUGGACUCCAUCAAGACAAUCCAGGGCCACGGCCUGCUUGGCCCCCCCAAGUCCGAGCGCGGCCGGAAAAAGAUCAAGGCGGAGAACCCAGGGGGGCCGCCUGUCCUCGUAGUCCCCUACCCCAUCCUGGCCUCGGGCGAGACUGCCAAGGAGGGCAAGACAUACAGGUGUAAGGUAUGCCCGCUGACCUUUUUCACCAAGUCCGAGAUGCAGAUCCACUCCAAGUCGCACACAGAGGCCAAGCCCCACAAGUGCCCGCACUGCUCCAAGUCCUUUGCCAACGCCUCCUACCUGGCCCAGCACCUGCGCAUCCACCUAGGCGUCAAGCCCUACCACUGCUCCUACUGUGAUAAGUCCUUCCGACAGCUCUCCCACCUCCAACAGCACACCAGAAUCCACACAGGCGACAGACCCUACAAGUGCCCACAUCCUGGCUGCGAAAAGGCUUUCACUCAGCUCUCCAACCUCCAGUCUCACCAGCGCCAGCACAACAAGGACAAGCCCUACAAGUGUCCCAACUGCUACCGGGCCUACUCGGACUCCGCCUCCCUGCAGAUCCACCUCUCGGCCCACGCCAUCAAGCAUGCCAAGGCCUACUGCUGCAGCAUGUGUGGGCGGGCCUACACCUCGGAGACCUACCUGAUGAAGCACAUGUCCAAACACACGGUGGUGGAGCACCUGGUGAGCCAUCACUCACCCCAGAGGACGGAGUCCCCCAGCAUCCCGGUGCGAAUUUCCCUCAUCUGAGCCGACCCAAGGCGCCGCCCCGCCCUGCCCACUGGCAGACACAGACCCAGGCAGCACCGGCCCGACUCCCUCCAGGGGCCCUCCAGGAACAGCCGAGCUCUCAUGACCUUCCUGACCUUCCAGAAAGCCUGGGCCUCAGAAGCCCUGCCCGGUCCAGCUCCGGGGGCGGCCAGGCCAACUGCAAGAUUCUGGACUGUUUUGGUGGCAUCCAAAGACGAUCUCAGAGCACUUUGAACCUCUCCGCUGGGUUUUCCUUUUCUUCCCCCAUCCUUCACUUGCUUCACUGUUUUUUGUUUUGUUUUGUUUUGUUUUUAAGUUUCUUUUGGAAAAUAACAAAAAAAGAUAUUUAUUGGCCAAGAAGUUGGUGCUGCUAAGACCGAGAAAUGAAAAGAACCGGACAGAUGGACACAGAGACCCAGAGGGCAGCGUGGGACCUUCUCUUGCCACAGCCUCGGGUCUUGAGGGGAAGGCACAGGCCUGGGAGUCUGGACCGCAGAGGGGGCUCCCCGGUGGGAGGGGCAGGGGGCAGCUGGAGUGAGCCGCUCACCCCCCCGCCCCCCAGCUCGAGCCUCCAGAGCUGCGCCCUGGGCAUCACUGAGCAGCGGGACGUGGCAGCUACCAGGGCUGCCCAGGCUUCAGGAGACAGAUGGAGAGGGGCCGGGAGGUCCGCAGGACCAAAGGGCGCAGGGUUGGCUGGGCUGGGCGCAGGCCCAGGGAAACGGGGUGGGGGCGGGCUGGGUAAGACCCGGUGCCCCCACUGCCCUGAAGACCACCCCAGUCUACCUCAGUGCUGGCCAGGAAACCUAUCGGCUACCUCUCCCACCAUCCCAGACUGUGGGCAGCGGGGGAGGGAGUGGGCCUGGGGCAAGGACCCCCUCCGCUCUGCAGAAUUUCCUCCGAUUAGGGCAGUGCCCAAGGAGGGGUUACUUGUCUUCCCUGCCAUGGAGGGGGAUCCCCAGCCCAGGCCCUAGGCCCCUCGGCAGGGAAGGGAUCCUCGGGCAGGAGGGUCCCAGGAGCAGACCCUGCCCUCAGCCCCCACAGACACACCCCAAUCUGAAAGCCAUGCGUGUCCGUGUAUAUAGGAACUAUGUACAGAGCCCGGAGAAGCCCCUCUACAUCCCCUGGGGAAAAAAAGAAAACUAGACAGAAACUCAUCUAUAUAUUCUGUAUCUGGAGUUCCGUUUUGAAUAUUAACUGUGUUAUUUUUAUACACUUUUUAAGCCUUAACUCGCCAUUGAUUUACCAGUUUAACGUCUCCCGGGGUUUCUUUUCCCACGGGGUUCUCCGCCCCGCCCCCACCCCUUUGUUUGACUUGCGUCGUCUGAUACUCAGUAUUGUAGCUUUUCGUCCGCAUGUUACUACCCUGUAAAUACGCUGUUAUACAUACUGUUAACACCCUUUGCUUUUUUUCUAUGGGACCUCCAGGCCACCGUAUUUAGAACUAGUUACCUUAUUAAAAAAGAGAAAACAGUCUGUUGGCUUCUCAGUCUGCAUCGUGGUGGCAGGGAGGUGAGGGCAGGUGCUCCCCCCACUGCGCUUCAGGAACAAAGUUUGCGUUCUAUUUAAGAAAAGGGGUGGGGAGGAGAAAAAGGUCAAAUGUGGGGGAAGACCCUAAAGGGGGCAAGAAACAAAGGAAUCCCAAACCCUCUGCUCUUUGUAUUUCUCUGUUGUGAAGAAUAAACUGUACCUGCAGCCGGGU